AUGAGCCCCAAGGUACGAUGGAUUCAUGUCUUUUUGCACAAGAAGGACAGCGCUCCCAACCCCGAAGCACAGCUUUCGAAACUCAGAGAGGUCAGCGAUUGGUGCUGGUACUAUGAACUCCACGAAGGCGGCGCUGUCCUUCAAAUGAAGGCCCGUAUUCCCGGAGCUAUCGACGACUCACUUGUCGACGCUGUGAAUAUGCUGAGGAGGCUUGGAGCUUCAGGGGACUGGACGUUGUCUCACCACGUGGUGACGUCGAACGCUAUGCAUUAUUCUGAGCUUUUAAGAGGUGUCCGAGGCGCAGCGCAUGCUCAGCCUCGAUUGCUGCACCGGCUACAUGCUCAUCCGCCUCAUCAAUGGCUUUCAACGCAGACUUCGGAUGAAACGCGCACCAAGAGCCCGCGAUCAAAGACGGCAUUUAGAAAUAUAGUAUGGAUGUCCGUCGGUGCCCUUGUCUGGGGCCAAGUCUUUAUCUCAUAUGUGUACGAGCCUCUCAGAGACAAUGGCGUCUUCACAAAUGUUGCCCAAUCGACGGUUUUUCGCGCGAUACCAACAAAAUUCGGACAACCGAACGAAAGAGCGAAAAACAAGCUGUACCAACCUAUUACUAGCGACAAAGAAAUUCGACUUCUCAUCUUAGAGCCGGGGACACGCGAGGAAGCAUUGGAUUGCCAGUUAGUUAAUGCUGAAUUGUCCUGGAGGACCAGAUUCGAGGCUCUCUCGUACGCCUGGGGAUCUGAUACUACCGAGUUUCAGUUGAGCUGCUCUGGACAUACAUUUAAUGUAAAGGCGAAUCUCUACGAUGCUUUGCUGGACUUGCGGCACCCCAGAAAAAAACGGAUUCUAUGGAUCGACGCUCUCUGCAUCAACCAGUCCGAUAACAGUGAGAAGUCAAAGCAGAUCAUGCUAAUGCAUGAAAUCUACUCUCAAGCUCAAGAAGUACUCAUCUAUCUUGGUAGAUCUGACCCUUCCGUUCAAGGAGCCAUAGAGUCGAUGCGUUGGCUUGACUGGAAGUUCACGCGUCUCUACCUCAAACAAUUCCUCCUGGGUUCCAACGUUGGCAUGGCCAGCUUUUGGGUUGACAGCUGGACCAAGAUGAAAUCCAUCACUCAACAAGACUUCAGCUGGGACCCAAUAGUCAAUCUGCUGAACCGGCCAUGGUUUCAACGCACUUGGGUUAUCCAGGAGGCCGUCAUACCUAAGCAUGCACAAGUCAUAUGUGGUGAUCAAACGAUCUCUUGGGUAAGGUUUCUGAGAGUCGUAGAUGCCAUCAAGUACUACCAAUCCUCCGUCAAGACAGUGCCUGGGUAUCAUACGAUAUACAACACCAUCUCCAGUCUAGAUUUGAUGAGGUCAGCUCGGAACAACCGUCAUCCCAGGAUCUACAUACUAGGCCAGCAAUUUUAUCGUCCGCUCUUGACUGGACACCAAAUUCAAGGUCAAGAUGAUUCUAGACUGCUUGACCUCGUCUUGAUGAGCCGCAAAUACAAGUGCACAUAUCCUCAUGACAAGAUCUUUGGCUUGCUUGGCGUCACACUAGAAGAUACAGGAAGCCACCUCUUAAACCCAGAUUACGAGAAUUGGCCAAUGGAAGCCUACCGAAACUUUGUCCUCUGGGAAAUCAGACAUAACGGCAGCCUUUGUAUCCUUGGGACGAGCUCGCAGAAAGGCAAGUCGGAUAGGUCGUCCCCGUCGUGGGUCCCAGACUUUAACAACCUUGAUCCAAUAGAAGGGUUGACCAGGUCUAUGUUCAAGAACUCAGGGUUUGAUGCCAGCGCCGGGCUUCCGAUGGAAGUACGAGAAUCGAACAAUAAUGGGACAUUGCACAUCAAGGGUAGUAUAGUCGACACAAUCCACACUGUUGGCAAGAAUACCUUCAAAGACAAGUCCAGCAGUUUUAGUAAGCCCGAGCGAAGGGGCGGGCGACUUUCUGUGUAUGAGCAACUUCAAGUCAACAGAGGAAUGAUCGAAGAAGCAAGAGACAUCUGGCUGGAAGCAACGAAAGGGUUGGCACGAGGCAUUGGGCCCGCCCCCAAGGCUAAGGGCAUCUUCACAACCACAAUUACAGAUGGUAAACCCAUACCGAAUGGCUCGAUCUCUCCGGCCUGGGAGCCAUUUCUCCGCACUCUAUUCGGCGACAUAUCUGUCGGGAGCUAA